UAGGGCUUCUUUAACCAUACUUGGAAUAAAAAAAUUUCCAUCACGCGAUCUCCGAGUUUCGCUUUCUUCGCGGUUCGAAUCUAUACAGCAAAAAAAAAAAUCUCCGAAGUUAGCCUCUCGGAAGGUGCACAAAUUGUUGCCUUGCAAACGUGUUUCGUUAGACACAUAAGAUGCCACAGACAAAGGCAAAUGCAUUAUCUGCUGGUAAGCCAGUUGAACCUCAAAAGUUAAGUGAGCUGGAAAAGGCAGUUGAAUCUGAAGAGAAGGUUGAUCUUGAUGAAGACGAUGAGCCUGAGGAGGAUGAGGAGGAGGAGCCUGAGGAGGAGGAGGAGGAGGAGGAGGUUGAGUAUGAAGAGGUAGAGGAGGAAGAGGAAGUUGAAGAAAUUGAAGAAGAGGUGGAAGAAGAAGAGGAGGAACUGGAAGAAGCCGAAGAGGAGGAUACUAAUAAUGCUAUUGGAGCUGAUGCACAGAAAAACAAUAGUGGUGGUGAGAUGAAGGUUGAAGAUGGGGACGAGAAGAAAAAACAUGCUGAACUUCUUGCCCUUCCUCCGCAUGGUUCUGAAAUAUACAUAGGCGGCAUUCCCCAUGAUACUUCGGAUGAGGAUUUGAGAGUUUUUUGUGAAUCUGUCGGAGAAGUGGGAGAGGUUCGAAUUAUGAAAGGCAAAGAUUCAGGUGAGAACAAGGGCUUUGCAUUUGUGACCUUUAGAAGUACAGAAUUAGCAUCUAAAGCUAUUGAUGAGCUGAGUAACAAUGAAUUUAAGGGUAAAAAAAUAAAAUGUUCAACGUCAAAAGCAAAGCACCGUUUAUUCAUUGGUAAUGUUCCUAGAAGCUGGGGAGAGGAGGAUCUGAGGAAAGUUGUCACUGAGAUAGGACCCGGAGUUACUGCUGUGGAACUGGUUAAGGAUGUAAAGAACACCAGCAAUAACAGAGGCUUUGCUUUUGUUGAUUAUUAUAAUCAUGCAUGUGCUGAGUAUUCAAGGCAAAAGAUGAUGAACCCACAAUUUAAGCUAGGUGAUAAUGCCCCAACCGUGAGUUGGGCUGACCCAAAAAAUGCUGAUUCUUCUGCUUCUGCACAGGUGAAGGCAAUAUACGUGAAGAAUUUGCCAAAGAAUAUAACACAAAACCAGUUAAAGAAGCUUUUUGAACAUCAUGGGAAAAUCACAAAAGUGGUUCUGCCACCCGCCAAAUCUGGAAAGGAAAAAAGUAGAAUAGGUUUCGUACAUUUUGCAGAGAGGUCAAUUGCUAUGAAGGCACUGAAGAAUACAGAAAAAUACGAACUAGAUGGCCAAGUUUUGGAGUGUUCUCUUGCAAAACCACAAGCAGAUGAAAAGGCUGGAGGGUCAAAUUCACAGAAGUCAGGAUUGCUUCCAAAUUAUCCCCCUCGUGUUGGUUAUGGUGUGGUCGAUGGUGCCUAUGGUGGUCUUGGUGCACGAUAUGGUGCUGCAGGCUUUGCACCGCCAAUGAUCUAUGGAAGGGGACCAGCUCCUGGCUUGUCAAUGAUGCCAAUGCUUCUGCCAGAUGGACGGAUUGGAUAUGUUUUGCAACAGCCAGGAGCACAACCACAUAUUGCUUCACAUCAAAGAAGUGUCAUCAGGGGUGGUGGUGGAAAUGGCAACAAGAGUAGUGUCAGUUCAAGCAGGGGAAGGCACAACAAUGAUGGUGGCCAUGGGCGCAGGUAUCGCCCAUAUUAGUAGCCCCUCUUAGUGUGAAAAAUUAUACAUCAGGAAGUGUUUGUUUUAAUCCCAAAAGCCUAAAUAUUGUUAUAUAUCUGAAUUUUGCAGUUAUCUGAAUUAUUGAAGUUUGUUAUGGUAAUCUUAUACUUUGGUCAGUCUUAAUUACUUAUAGGAAUUUCAGUUGUUUUGAGAAAUUACAAUUUGUACUACAAAUUCACACUUCCUAUUUUGUAAUGUGAAAUCAAACUAUCGCUUUAGAUACUUGGUACUCUUA